AUGGCCAGACCCAAGUCUGACCUGAUGGAUGAACGAAACGUGCCGCUUAGGAGUCAUCCGCCUGACAAAUCUCUGACUCAAGACGGCGCUGAAGAGGAAGGUUCACGUUCCAUUAAUCUUCCGCCGCAUCAAGAUCUGCUUCAAAGCGAGAAACCCAGCCGUUCCCAGGAACGCAACCGGUCUCUCAGCCCUUUCAAGCGGCAAGAAGAUUCUGAACUGCCACCCAUCCAGGCCAGUAGCUCGACACCGUUCAUUCCCAAGUCGUCAACUGGCCCGUUGGAUAAUCCGGACUCCGCUUUCAGUAGAGAGCGGCGUUUCCUGUCCAAGCUGCUUGACACAUUCCAUUCGAACAAAGCCGCCAUUUCUGGAGAGGAAAGCCAUGCCGACAGCUUUACGGACCAAGAUCGUUUUCAAGAAGAAAGGGACAAGGCUGUAUAUGAAAAAUUCCGCGACAGCCUGAACAGCAGCCUGGAGGACGAUCCUUACAAUGAACCGGAAAAUCAAAGUGAACAAUGCGACAGCUUGAUAGCCGAGCAAAAGGAUCAAGUCAGACUGUUUCGUUCCAGUUUGCUUGCUGGUACCAAGGCUCAGGAAGAUCGACUUGGCCGUUCCCGUUCCCGACGGACUGCGGCGCUCUCUGAAGAUCUUCAAGUUGCCCCCAACAUAGCUUCCGGAUCUGACACGCGCACUUCCAUUAUCAGCGAGAACAAAUAUUCUAUGCUUGAUGUUCAAGAAAAUGACGAAUUUUCUCUUCCCGACACUUUGAAGCCCCUUACCUCUUUCCAGGAAGAGAGUGAAGAAUCUCUGGACUGCCUCAUUGAUGAACUGGAAGCUGAAGAUGGAAAGGAACCUGACGUAGAUGCAAUCACUCUCCGAGCUGGGGAAAUUCGUCCAUUCCCUCCUGCUCUGCUGGAAACCGACGUCAAAGAGGGCCUCAACGACGCAGAGGUGGCCAUGCGCCGCAAGAAGUAUGGCUGGAAUAGUAUGGAGGAACAGAAACGGAACCAUCUCAUCAAGUUCCUUGCCUUUUUCAAUGGCCCAGUCCAGUGGGUUAUGGAGGUUGCAAUCUUGCUCGCCGGCGGCUUGCAAGAUUGGAUAGAUUUCGGAAUCAUCUGUGCUUUGCUCCUAUUGAAUGCCGUGGUCGGAUUUGCCCAGGAAUACCAGGCCGGCAACAUUGUCGAGAGCCUCAAGAAAACUCUUGCCCUGAGAGCACUGGUCGUUCGCAACGGGUCCAUCGUGGAGAUAAAUGCUGAAGAGGUCGUGCUGGGCGAUAUCAUCCACGUGGAAGAUGGCACAAUCAUUGCGGCAGAUGGCAGACUUGUAGGCGACGGCGCCUACCUUCAGGUCGAUCAGUCUGGAAUCACAGGGGAAUCGCUCGCCGUGGAUAAACACGAAGGUGAUCCUCUAUUUGCUUCGUCGGCUGUCAAGCGUGGGACUGCGAUUAUGAUUGUGACUGCCACUGGUGAUCAUACCUUUGUCGGAAAUGCAGCGGUCCUAGUUAAUAAGGCUGGCAAUACCAGUGGCCACUUCACUCGAGUCCUGCGUGAAAUGGCACAUAUUCUUCUGAUCCUGGUGGUUUUCACUCUGCUGGUCGUGUGGAUCAGCAGCUAUUACCGCUCGAAUCCGAUUGUCCAGAUCCUUGAAUUCACGCUGGCAAUCACUGUGGUCGGAGUUCCCGUCGGUCUUCCCGUGGUUGUUACCACAACAAUGGCCGUUGGCGCAUCUUAUCUGGCUAACCACCAGGCCAUUGUGCAAAGGCUCUCAGCUAUCGAGUCGCUGGCUGGAGUGGAAAUCCUCUGUUCAGACAAAACGGGGACACUCACUCGUAACAGACUGACAUUGGGAGAACCAUACGUAGUCCCUGGCAUGAGUGCAGAAGAGCUUAUGCUGACUGCCUGUCUUGCAGCAACUCGAAAGAAGGGUGGCAUAGAUGCCAUUGACAAGGUAUUCCUCAAGGGUCUCCGCCAGUAUCCGUGGGCCAAAUCUCAGAUCAUCUCGUACAAGACUCUUGAGUUCACUCCAUUCGAUCCGGUGUCAAAGAAAGUUACCGCAUACGUACAGGCUCUGGAUGGGGAGAAGGUCAUCUGUGUGAAAGGAGCUCCUAUGACCAUCCUGAGAACCGUGGAGAAGGAAACCAACCUGUGCGAGCCUUUCUUUGCUGAAUAUGAGGCAAAAGUCACCGAGUUUGCCAAUCGAGGAUUCCGUGCACUCGGGGUUGCCCGCAAGCGCCAAGGACGACCAUGGGAGAUUCUGGGAAUCAUGCCAUGCUUGGAUCCACCUCGCCAUGAUACUGCUAAGACAAUUUCUGAAGCUCAGGGCCUGGGACUCUCUAUCAAGAUGCUCACCGGAGAUGCAGUGGCUAUCGCACGCGAAACGGCACGUCGGCUCGGUCUCGGAACCAACAUUUACAACGCUGAACGACUUGGUGUCACUGGCGCCGGCUCUAUGUCUGGCUCGGAGGUGAAUGAUUUUGUUGAGGCCGCUGACGGCUUCGCAGAAGUGUAUCCCCAGCACAAGUACAGUGUUGUUGAGAUUCUCCAGCGCCGAGGAUAUCUGGUUGCAAUGACAGGCGACGGCGUGAACGACGCUGCUUCGUUGAAGAAGGCAGACACCGGAAUUGCGGUCGAGGGUGCAUCCGAUGCGGCCCGCUCUGCUGCUGACAUUGUCUUCUUGGCACCUGGCCUGUCCGCCAUUAUCGAGGCAAUCAAGAUCGCUCGCCGUAUUUUCCAUCGCAUGUACUCGUAUGUGGUGUUCCGAAUUGCACUGUCCAUUCACCUGGAGCUCUUCUUCGGACUGUGGAUUAUGAUCAAGAACGAGACGCUCGACCUCCGCCUGGUUGUCCUUCUCGCCAUCUUUGCCGACGUUGCUACCCUAGCCAUUGCUUAUGACAAUGCCAAUUAUUCUCAAUCUCCUGUGAAGUGGAACCAGCCAAGACUCUGGGGAGAAUCGGUUGUCUUAGGGUUCAUUCUGGCAGUCGGUACCUGGGUGACGCUGGGCACCAUCCUGUUGCAAGGCGAAGAUGGAGGUGUUAUCGAAGGAUGGGGCUCACGAGAUGGGGUCUUGUUCCUGGAGAUUGCUCUGACCCAGAGCUGGUUGAUUCUGAUAACUCGUAUCAACGGAUCGGGAUCGGGAUCGGGAUCGUUCUGGGCCAAUCUCCCAUCGUUUUACCUUAUCGCCGCCGUGGUUUCUGUCAAUAUGACUGCAACCUUGAUGGCUGCAUUCGGUGCCUUCGCUCAAGCCACAUCCUGGCUAACUAUCCUUCGCGUGUGGAUUCUUUCCUUCGGUGUGACAUGUGUGAACGCACUGGCUUACAUCGUGAUGCACAAUUCGCAACGGUUUGACAACCUCAUGCACGGCAAAGGUCCUCGAAAGAGGGACAGAGAACGCUCCUGGGAAGACUUCGGUCUUGACAUGCAGCGGAUGGCGAAACAGCAUGAGAAGAGCAGCUAG